UCUGAGAACCUGCCUUCCGUGGUGCAGCCUGGUGCCUCGGCGCCCACAAUUCACCUGAUGCCUCUACCCAGCCUGAUGCCUCUUACCCAGCCUGAUGCCUCCAUUCAGCCUGAUGCCUCCAUUCAGCCUGAUGCCUCCACCCAGCAUGAUGCCAGUUGACUCGAUGCCCGCUGUCGAUCCAGACGAUCCGGUACCUGAUGACCCAGUACCCACUGUCAUGCCUGGUGACUCGAUGCCUGCUGUCGAGCCAGACGAUCCAAUGCCUGAUGACCCAGUGCCCGCUGUCAUGCUUGGUGACCCGAUGCCCCGCUGUCGGGCCAGACGAUCCAAUGUCUGACCCAGUGCCCGCGGUCAUGCCAGUUGACUCGGAGCCCACUGUCGUGCCUGGUGACUCGGUGCCCACUGCCUUGCCAGAUGACACGGUGCCCGCUGGCGAGCCAAAUGACCUGAUGCUGGUGACCCAGUGCCCGCUGUCAUGCCUGGUGACCCGAUGCCCGCUGUCGAGCCAGACGAUCCAAUGCCAGAUGACCAGGUGCCCGCCGCUCCGCCUGGGGGCCCGGCGCCCGCCGCUUUGCCUGGGGCCCGAUGCC